UUUACUAAGCAGCCAAUCAGGUAAACCAAGAUGAAUACAAUGAACCAAUCAGAAACCUGACAGAUGUGACAUGGAUGUGUCCUGCAUGGUGAAUCUGUUUAGACUGCUGCCACUGUCACAAGUCAGAACUGCUGUGGAGAAGAUGGAGCCACCAGCAGAGAAGUUGUUGCUGAGCCUGCUAAAUGUUUUACUGCUCUGGUCUGUGUGUGAGGCACAGCUAAGUGACGUCUUUCAACCUGUUCCUUUCCAAUCAGCAGCACUUGGAGAAGCAGUUUCUAUUACAUGUCGCAUUCAUAGUUCUGUAAGAACUAGAGUAUGGUACAAACUGACAACUAGCAGGAGACUACAGCUAGUGGCCUCAACAGAUACUUUUUAUAAUCUGACAACAUUUGGCGACCAAUUUCAUCACUAUUAUUCUGUAAAAUCUGACAGCAUCAGCAGUCAUCUGAGCAUAUCUGCAACAAAGUGGGAAGAUGUUGGCACAUACUACUGUGGAGUGAUCAAUUUAAACAAGGUUCAGUUUGGACAAGGAACCUUUUUGAGGCUGAAAGGUGCAAAGAUGAUCAGUGACUCUGUCGUCCAGCAACCAGAGUCUCAGUCAGUGCAGCCAGGACACUCUGUGACUCUCAGCUGUUCUGUCCACACUGACCGCUGUGCAGCAGAACACACUCGCGUCUUGUGGCUGAAAAACUCUGAUUAUUCUGCUCCUGAGAUGAUUUACUCCUCUGGAAAUAAAAAUGACACCUGCCAGAGUACUGAUACUGGCUCUGGAGAAGCUACCUGUGUGAACAACCUUCUCAUGAGGAACCUCAGCUCUGAUGAUGCAGGAACCUACUACUGUGCUGUGACUUCAUGUGGAGAAGUACUGUUUGGAAAUGGGACCAGGAUUAAUGUUAACAGAGAUGAUGCCAAACCAGCUGAUCUGAGUCCAACCAUUAUUGCACUGAUUGUGUCAAACAUCAUUCUUGGGAUGGUGACACUUCUAUUUGUAUGGACACAUUGCAGGAGUUGGAGAACAGAUCCCACAGCACUAUCCAGAUCCCACGAUGGAUCCCUUGAAGGCAAUCAGACUGGAGGUGCAGUCAUCUAUGCAGCUGUGCGUUCAGCUCCCAGAAGCUCCUCCUGCAGGCCAACUGCAGUUAAACACAGUAGAGACUCUGUAGUUUAUACUGAUGUCUCAUACUGUCAACAGCAAGUAUAGACAAGGGGUGAAAGAAUGGAGAAUGAAGAAUGAAAACUGGAUUUCCUGUUAUUGUUGUCUGUCAAGGCUGUAUAACACAUUCACAGGACAUCAUUUUAAAGAACAGAGUGUGUCAAGUAUUCUCCCUCACUAAGGCACCAAUAUAAACCUUUCCUACAUCUGAUUGGAUGAACACUGCAAUCACUUUGCUAGAAGUAGUGCUUGCUUCCAGCUUUCAAACAGAAAAUGUAUGGUGUUUUUUCUGUAUUAUUUUCAUUAAUUUAAAUUUAUUUUUCAGAAAUUGCUUUUUGACCAAAAAAUUGGUUGAAAAUAAACCAUGCAACUGCAGAAUCAGAUUAGUUUAGAGACUGCAUUUUUGUAUUCUUGAGUUUAAAUUCUUAAAUUUAACUUAAAGGAAACCUGUGUGAUUUGACAGAAGUUGACAUUUAAUGUGUUUUUUGUGUCUUUACAUGUAAAUUUAAAAUAAAUCA